AUGAUGAAUUUCAAAAGUAUAACGUUUUUUGUUGUGUUUUUGUCAUGUCUUUUGGUCUCAAAGGCCGAAAAAGUUGAAGUUGUGGUUGAAGGAGCAACUUCCAUUGCUCAAACCGAUGAAGAUUUUAUUUGCGUUACCCUUGAUUGGUGGCCUACAAACAAGUGUGAUUACGAUCAAUGUCCGUGGGGUCAAGCUGGACUUUUUAAUUUGGAUUUGAAGAACAAGAUUCUUGAAAAGGCUGUAAAAGCAUUUAAUCCUUUGAGAAUUAGAGUUGGAGGUUCGUUGCAAGAUCAAGUGGUGUACAACGUUCGAAAUAAUGUUGAGAAUUGCCAACCAUUCCAAAAACAAGACAAGGACUUCUUAUUUGGUUUCUCCAUUGGAUGUCUUGACAUGAAGAGAUGGGAUGAACUCAAUGAGUUUUUCAAUCAAACUCGAGCCAAAGUUACAUUUGGUUUAAAUGCUCUUAUUGGAAGAAAAGAGUCUGAAAUUGAAAAGACUCUUUGGGUUGGUGAUUGGUAUUCACAUAAUGCUCGAGAUCUCAUGAGUUAUACAAUUUCCAAAGGAUAUAAAAUUGACUCUUACGAAUUAGGAAAUGAAUUGUGUGGAUCAGGAGUUAGUGCUAAGAUUGAAGCUAAACAAUAUGCAAAAGAUAUGGCAACACUUAAAAAUCUUGUAAAAGAGAUGUAUCCAAAUCCUAAAACUCAACCUAAAGUUUUAGGCCCGGGAGGUUUCUAUGACAAGAAGUGGUUCGAUACUUUUUUGGAUGCUUCAGGACAUGAUGUUAUUGAUGGUGUUACACAUCAUAUUUAUAAUCUUGGACCUGGUAAUAACCCUGAUGUGGUUCACCGUGUCCAAGAUCCAUUUUUCUUGACUCAAAUUGCUCAAACAUUUAAAGAUGUUUCAAAUGCUAUUGACAAAUUUGCACCAUGGUCUGGGGCAUGGGUUAGUGAAUCAGGCGGAGCUUAUAACAGUGGUGGUCAAUUAGUGUCGUAUACAUUUGCAUUUGGCUUUUGGUACUUGGACCAAUUGGGAAUGACAUCAAUUUAUAACCACAAAGUUUAUUGCAGACAAGCUUUGACUGGGGGAAAUUAUGCUCUUCUUAAUACUACCACAUUCAUUCCUAAUCCAGAUUAUUACGGUGCGCUUUUGUGGCAUAAAGUUAUGGGGAGUAAAGUUCUUUCUGUCACACAUAAGGGUUCUCCAUAUUUGCGUGUAUACUCUCAUUGUGCCAAGAAGGAGCCUGGAAUUUCUUUCGUUUUCAUCAACUUAUCAAAAAAUACCUCUUUUGAAAUUGAUCUUUUCCAUGAUCUAAAUUUAAAUGGUGGGAGUCCAAGUUUUGAAUUUAAAGGACAUAAAGAGCGAGAAGAGUAUCAUUUGACUCCAAAAGAUGGAAACAUCUUAAGCAGUGCCGUAUUGUUGAACGGAACACCACUAGAACUUUCAGACUCGUUGGAGAUACCAGAUUUGAAGCCGAAGCUUGUGGAUGGUUUGAAAUCUAUUAGCAUCGCUGCUCAUUCAAUCGCAUUCGUAACCAUAAGAGAUUUCAAUGCACCUGCAUGUUCUUAG